AUUCUCUUCGCAAUCUUACACAGAUUUCACUGGGUUUCUGCCCUGCGAGUUAACAAGCUAAGCUAACGAAACAAGUGUUGCAUGGGCCAACCCAUUUGAGAAGUCUGCUAGUCCGCUAACACUACAUUCAUUUGAAGCAGAUGUCGUGAUCUCUGGAGAGCCUGAUAGUCAUGGAGCCUACAUUGACGAUGACACGUAACUGUAGUUAGAUAUUUAAUUUGUUUUGGAUAGUGGACUGAAGUACUUCUGCUAGCUCGGUGAAGAAUGCGUGCAUAAAUGCAAUUUGUUCAAGAAACUUGGUUUGGGUAGACCGUGACUUUUUAACGAUGUAGUUUGCUAACAAGCUACGCUGGAGCGUUUGGUGCAUAUUUAACAAUAUUGUACACGCAAGGACGACAGUUUUGACAAUGAACAAUCCAGGAAUUUUGUCCCAAGAGAAGAUGGAACUGGACCUCGAAAUCCCCUCAUCACUUGGACAAAGCGACGGACACUUGAGACGAUCCAACAGUGCUCCGAUGAUAAACGGCCUAAGUGAUAAUUCACAGGUGUUCCAGCGAGAGGUUCUGCGCAGCAGGAGAAACAGUACUACUGUAGUCAAUCGACCUAACAUGGUCCCCUCUUCCCCAAUCCGAGUCACCAGCACUAGACUUCAUCAGAUCAAACAGGAGGAAGGGGUAGAUCUGAUGAACAGAGAAACGGCCCACGAACGGGAGGUGCAGGCGGCUAUGCAAAUGAGCCAGUCGUGGGAGGAGAGUCUAAGCCUGAGCGACAAUGACUUUGAGAAGUCCUCGUCAUCUUCCCCCAAACGCAUUGAUUUUGUGCCUGUUUCUCCUGCGCCGUCACCCACCCGAGGGAUUGGGAAGAAGCAGUGCUUCUCUCCAUCGCUGCAAAUCCUCGUGAGCAGUAACGGUCUGACGCCCAGCCCCAUCCCCAGCCCCACGCGCCGUUUCAGCCGGAGAAGUCAGAGUCCCAUCAACUGCAUCAGGCCCAGCAUGUUAGGACCCAUCAAACGCAAAGGUGAGAUGGAAAUGGAGAGCCAGCCCAAGAGACUCUUCCAGGGCACCACCACAAUGCUGUCCACAGAGGUGGCUCACUUACCCGAACUCAACUCCUGUCUGUCGUCUGAUCUUCUGGACGGGAGCCUCAGCAGCGCCGGCUCAUCCUCGGGCUCCCCGGGCAAAAUGGAGGGCGUGUCUCCUUCCUCCAGCAACUCCCCCUUCACUCCCCUGCAGGACCUCUCCCCAAAAUGAGCUGCUUAAACGUCAGAGAAGAAGAUGAUGAAGAAAAAGAAAAAGAUGGGGAGAUGAGAGGAGAAAUGACUAUGUUUUUGCCUCGUCCGUCACUCACAUGAGUUUCUGUUCCAAUGCCUUCCCAGUCUC